AUGCCUCCUGAAAUAAAUAUCAAUGAUGUAUAUCAAACAUUUGCAAUGACUUCUAACAAACAAAAUCAAUAUCGAAUUCGAAGAAUGCUUGAAACUGAUAUUAAAACAGUAGUUAAAAUCGAGCAAGUCACAUGGCUUGAUGAAUCAUGGUCUUCUCAACAGGUUUUCGAUUGUCUUAAUCCUCCACAUUGGCAAUGUUGGACACUUGAAAGCACUAACAAUGAUAAUUUAAUACUUGGAUAUUGUUUUCAAUAUAUAUACAAACAUAUAUCACAUAUAGCAAAUUUAUGUAUUGAUCCUAAUCAACGUGGUCAUGGUUUAGGUGAAACACUUUUACGUUACAUGAUAGAUUAUUCUUGUCUAUUUGGUGCUUCUGUUAUUAAACUUAAAGUAAAUACAUCGAAUAUACCUGCAUAUAGAUUAUAUGAUAAAUAUGGUUUUCGAAUAGUUCAAUUUCUUCCUCAAUAUUAUUCUAAACAUGCAGAUGCUUAUCAAAUGAUACUUCGACUAUAA